AUGGCACCAAAAGCCGAAAAGAAACCUGCAACCGCCGGAAAAGCACCAGCAUCAAAAGCUCCUGCUGAAAAGAAAGACAGCAAGAAACCAGUUGCCACCGGUGAUAAAACCAAAAAGAAACGAAAGGUCAGAAAAGAAACCUAUUCAAGUUAUAUCUACAAAGUUCUCAAGCAAGUGCAUCCAGAUACCGGUAUUUCCAAUAAGGCCAUGUCCAUCCUCAACUCUUUUGUGAACGACAUCUUUGAACGAAUUUCGGGUGAAGCUUCAAAACUCGCGGCCUACAACAAAAGAUCAACUAUCUCUUCCAGGGAAAUUCAAACUGCCGUGCGCUUAAUCUUACCUGGUGAAUUGGCCAAGCACGCUGUAUCUGAAGGCACCAAGGCUGUAACUAAAUACACAAGUUCUAAAUAA